ACGAUGGCCUGCUUUCUUUUCCUUUUGUCUCUUGGAGCUUGCAUCAGAAUCUCCCAAUCAUCUACCUGUCAUGCGCAGUGUGAUUACGACCACGUGACUGCGAGGGCCGACUGCUCUUCCCGCAAUCUGAACUGUAUCCCCGUCAACUACCCAGACUCCCUCGUCAUGGAUCUCAGCCACAAUGCCAUAUCGGUGCUGGAACCAGACGACUUCAACGGGACGUUCACGAGGUUGGUUGAGCUGUACCUUGACUACAACGACAUCUCUGAUGUGACGUCACUGUUGGAGUCAACCGGGUUGGGAAGCCUGCAGAAACUCUCGUUGCAACACAACGUCAUUUCAGCAUUACAGACUUCAUGCAGCCUCAGCUCCCUCGUCAAUAUCUCAGUCGACUAUAACUCACUUGUACAUUUAAUUUACAUACCGAGCUGCGGAGCUUUGGAAUACUUUUCGGCGAAUUUUAACCCUCUAACUGGUUUCUUCCUUCCGACUAAAUUACCCUCGAUUUUAAGCUUGCAAUUCACUAAGAUAUCAGGCCUCGUUUUGACACGCGAUGAUGUCGGCACACUUUUGUUGGAUAACAAUGAAAUUUCGUCUUUUUCAUUUACUGGUGACACGUUUAAUUUAGUGUCCCUCAGUCAUAAUAGGCUGAGUACCUGUAACUUGAGAGCGUCGUUCAUGUUCGAGCUCAAUAUCGCAAGCAACGGACUAAAAGAUUUCAAAUCAGUUAAGGUACAUCUGAGCAAAAAUAAAGAUAUGAAUAAACUGGACAUAAGCAAUAACUCCUUUGAUUCCCUAAUACAACCAGAUUGGGCAGAAGGUCUUCAGAUCUUAUACGCUGAUGAUAACAUGCUGGCCAACCUGUCCUCUACAACCCUACAAGGAUUCAGCAGCCUUACUGAGCUCCAUCUAGCAAAUAAUCGACUUGUGUUCAUCUCACCAACCGCUCUGAGUCAACUCACUAAGUUACUGUAUCUGUACAUCGCUGGGAAUCGACUAGUUCACGUGCACUCAGAGAUGUUUCGGCAGGUGCCUGGUCUUACCACGAUGGACUUCUCUGAAAACAAACUUGAAGUCUUUGAUAUCACAAAUUGCCUCCCCAGCAACUUAAGUAACCUCCUGCUUGCUUACAAUUCGAUUCAUAACAUCAGCUUGAUACUUGGCCAUUGCGAUAAACUAGUAGUCCUGGACUUGAGUUUCAAUCAGAUCGAAGUGGUUCCUGGUGACUCUCUUACUGGGGGACACAGAGCGCUAUCCAGACUUGAGCUUGAAGGCAACCUGCUCCAGUGUGACUGCCGGUUGACGGGUCUACGUGACUGGCUUCGCAACAAUCCCCCGUCUGUUAUCCCUCGAUGUCAAGGUCCACCGCAAAACUCAGGAGCAGUGGUUACAGACUUGGAAUUACAAUCCUGCGAACCCCCGAAGGCCGUGACCAACGCGAACCAUCUUAACCUGAUAGUCGGUUUGUCGGCGACUCUUUCGUGUGCGGCGACUGGGAUACCCACCCCCAACAGAACAUGGCUGAAUCCCAACGGCACGGUGAUACCAGACGAAUGGCAAGGCAGAUUUAUCAUUUCAAGCGACAUGACUUUGCUCAUCAUUUUAGUUGAGCUAUCUGAUCAAGGAAUCUACACGUGUUUGGUCCAAAAUAUCCUUGGUGAAAUGGACAGAGCUGUGGUCAUUCUGACUGUAACCCAAGACCAAAUAUCAACAGGUAUGCCUAAAGUAGGUACUUCUUUGGCUGCUGUUGUUCUCCCCACCAUGGUUAUCACUAUUGCUAUCAUGUUCAUUGUCUUCGUCUUGGUAUUCUGUCUUCGACGGGGCUAUACAAAGAGACACCAGACUAGCUCGGCAUCUCUAGGACCGCAGAAACACGAGCUCGCGGUGACCUUCCGACGAGGAAAGGCUUCCAACUCAGACGGAGUUUAUGUCAACGACGUAGUCGAUGACCGAGAGAGCCCAACUGCAAUACAAAGAGCAGGGAGCAACGAUGGAUAUCAGGAUACCAUACGGACGGACGAGCCUCCACAGGUCUACCAAGAGCUUUUGCUGGAGAACAAGGAUGACAUUUAUGAACCUGUGGCUGUAGGAGGCAAUCAGUCAUAG